AUUCAUUCAUGACGAUGAAGUUGAGUCACAACUUACAGCUCGAGCGAGACUUUGACUCACUCACGUUCAUGUCAAGAGUCAAGAGUCAAGAGUCGAGAGUCGAGAGUCACGCAAGAGUGCAGCCAGCGCCGUUGACUACUCUCCACUUUGACUCUUCUCACUCAAAGGCUAGCAUAGCAGCACCACUUUGCCCCUCGCACGUCGCACGUCGCACGUCGCACGUCGCACGUCGCAUCAAGCACUUCACAAGCAUUCUUGAUUCUUCCACCCAUCUACAGCGACCGUCAGCUCACUCACCAAGCCAUGUCAAUAUCUCCCGACUCCACUGGCACUGGCGCUGGCGCUGGCGCACCCCAGCCCGACGAUCAUGCUGCCUCUCCCUCCUCACCUGUGGCCCACAACGAAGCACUCGCAUCUCCAGCCAGCAUCCCCAGCAGCUCUACCAACCAGCACAUUCACAUUCCUCCUGCCUCUCCUAGAGCGCCAUCCGUUGAUCUCAUGGCCGAUUUGGAACCUGAAUUGGAGAGACAACGUCUACCGCGCCUGCAUGCGCUGUCUAGUCACAGUCCAGGCCCAUCCAAUAAUUGGGCAUUGACCUCUUCCCAAGCUCCUGGCGAUGGUGCCGAGGUGGCAAGCGAGGGGGCGGGGGCAGAAAGCGCUUCGAGCAUGGAUCAGGCACUCGCUGGACCUUCUAGUCCCACCAUUCACAGAUCUCCCGGCUUUGCUAGAUCCGUCGGUCUCGCCAGCGCAGGAGGAGCGCUAGGAAUGGACGUGGGCAGCGGUAGCCCCACGACGAUGCCCGUUCGAGGAUCGCCCAGAACAUCGAAUCGAUCCCCCAUCGCCGCCGCUUCCGUCAAUCGACGCAAUCCCAACGCAUCGCCAUCCCUCACCCGCGUAGCCGCACCUCAUCGAUCGUCACCCAUCCAGAUUCGUCAUUCGGCGCUGAGCAGUCCUCGUUCGAUCUCUCAAGGUUCAAAUCAAGACGACGAAUCUUUCUCCAACGCGCUGGGGAUGCACACUGGCGCGGCGCAGGGUGAUCAAAUGUCUUCAUCUCUCGGUCUCAUCACUUCUCCACCUCGUUCAAGAGAAGCUUCCGCUACCUCUCCUCCACCCACCGUCUCUGGCCCGGGAGCGCCUUUGGGCGGACAAGGAGAGAGUGCGCCCACACAAUCCACGCUCAACGCUUCGUUGGUCGAUCCUCACGCUUACGCAAACACGAGCGAGGAUUCGGAAGGGAUGCAUACCCUCGUCCCUCUGCGCAACGUCGAUGACGGUAAUAGCGGGAAAGAGCCGAGCAACGGAAUGGGCUUGGAAUUAGGUCUAUCCAAUCCCACCCCUUCCGGCUCACCGCCUGCUUCACAAAGGUCCACUGCGCAAGGCGUCUGGAGAAGAGAUUCGAGCAUGUCUCCUUCCGGACGCAACUUGGUCACAUUGGCUCCUCUGAACGGCAUCAGCUCCACAGGCGUGACUGAUCCUCGAUCGCCCGUCUCGCCGACUGCUCCAGGUGCAGACGACCCGGAGCGCAUCGUGCAGGUGGACGAUGGAGAGCCGCGUCAGCUCAAUUCAGGCAGGAAUGCCGGCCCAUCAGGUGCAGGACCCAGCGUGACGGAAAUGUUCAGGGUGAUGAGCAGACCUUCUCGACCUUCUUCCGUCGUCGCUUCUGACCCACCUGCUGGUGCUGUCGGCGACCUUGCACAGACCCAAGAAGCAGGUCAGGCACCAGCACUCUCCUUUGAGAAUGCCGCUUCUCCCAUCCCACCCUUGCCAGCGCCCACACCGCCGCUAGGCACGACCUACUCCUCCUUUGGCCCCUCCAAUGCCAACUUCCCAACUCAAGCCAUUCCAGGUUCAUUUGCCAGUACCGGCGCUGGUACAGCUGCGGGCGCACCUCCUGGCAUCACCCCUUGGGCGACGGCAACGGGAAGAAGAACGAGAAAGUACGAUUUUGAUAUGAGACGGGAUUGCGAUGCGUUCGGAAGAGAGAUGGACGAAUUCUAUUCAUAUGUCGAAGCUCCGCAAUUCAGGGAACAUUGGGAGGCUUUCAAGGAGUGGAUCGAUCUGGCCUCCGGUGCUGGUGCGCAGGAGAAAGCAGAGAAAGAAGGGCUUGACGUUCCAGGAGAGGCGGAGAUUCAUGCGGAUGUGGGCACGACGAGGAAAGAUACGACUGGUAGCGAGAUGGAAUGGACCUCCUUGCCCUCGUCCACGCGUCGACGAACGCUCCUCCAACUCCUCUCCAAGCUGGAAGUGCGCGAUAGCCUUGCACGCCAAAGAGCGUCCAGAGCUUUGUUGUACCUCUUGCAGGGCAACUUCAGGGAUACGCUGGGAGAAGAACAUCAGAUACAGUGGAUGAUGGAGAAUGCCAGGAUGGUCAGAAGUUUGGGAGGCAUCGAAGAGAUCACUAGAGCGCUGAAAAACGCUUGCUGGAAGCAUGAUUGGCUGAGCGCACUGCCGGACGAGAUCCGCUCAUCCACCGAAAGUCAAUCACCAAACGACGCGCAAGCUGCUGAAAAGGACCCAAAUCAAGCUCCUCCCGCACCAUCAGCAGCGCUGGCUGACGACGGCAGAAGGCAGCCGCUGAUGACUCACGCAAACAAGCUCGAUUUUUUGGACGAGAUCAAUCUCGAAAUCGCACUGCAUUUUGCUCAGCUUUACAUCCUCGUCGAGACUGGACGAGGCGAGCCUGAGCUUGGAGACGAGUUGAUGUCCCUCGAUCCACCACUGCCCGUCUUUUUAUUCGGCUUGGUCGCUAGCUUGAGAGAUAAGAAUGCCAAGGGAUAUCCCGUCAAGAAACUACUGCUGUUGCUUUGGAAGACGCUCCUGGCUGCGCUCGGAGGCGAUGCAGACAUUGAGCGCUGCAAGAUGCUAGCGCGACAGUUGGAGGGUCUACCACCAAAGAAGAAUGUGGACGAGGCGAGCGGAGAGAGGAACACGAAAGCGACGCCUCUCGACAUGAAGGCUUUUCACGAAGAGAUCACAAACAAAUUUCCCACGUACGAGUCCACGAAAAGACCUGACGAACUGCCGCUGGACAAGAUCGCCACUGCUGUCAAUCCUAUCCCUGCUCGCAAAGCGUCUGGACACCACGACACGAACGCGAAUGGCGCGCAGGCAAAUGCGCAAGGCGGACCUGGUAAUGCGCAAGGACAGCCUGGAACGCCAGCACCUACGCCUCCUGCGAGCCCGGGACCCAAAGUGGGCAAGCAAAAAUAUCAGACGGAUCAGAAUAGACCAUUUGUCUUCCCCUUUAGUAGGAGCGUGCAGGGAGGCAAGAUGGUCCCCAAAAGCAUCGAAGAGGCUGCUCAAUUGUACAAGGAACACAUGACCGUUGGGCUGGACAUGUGGCAGACUUGGAGGUUGAGAGAGCAGGUGCUGCAUGAUGAGAGCGGUGUAGCCAUCGGGGCGGACGGGAAGCGCAUUGGCGUUGGUGUCGGUGGUGCUAGAACCGGCAAUGGCCACACAUUGGGCAUUGAAAGCGCGCCGAACGCGUACGGAGAGUUCAAACACUCGUACGGAUCCAUUUUGAGUCCCAUCGCACGACGAGGAGAUCUGAACAUGGACGAUGCAGCGUCUUCGUCGCAAGGCAGUCGCAGUCCCAGCACUACCGAGGCUCCACUUUCCUACACUACCGAGCGACGCAAAGCUCGCAAUGGAAGCACGACGAGCAGCGGCGGCCCGUUUUCGGUGCGCGGGGAACCCACUGCGGAGAGACUGCACGAGCUGGAGAUGGAGCUGGAAGCGGAGCUUGCGCGGGUGGAAGGGGACCACAUGCUCGCUGUGCUCGAUAAUCCCAAGUACGUCUCUCUCUGCAACACUUUGGCCCAGCAACGUCUUGAUGCGAGAAGACUACAAAGGGUGGACUUGAUCUAUAGGAACGCUAUACAGCAUCUGCAUCCGACCGCUAUUGUCCUCCUCAAACUUUUGCUCGCUACCGUCACGCAGCAAAGCAGCACGAACAGCCCGCACUCUCAGGCUGUCGCGGAAGGUAUCAGCCCUGAGGAGGCCCCACCUCCGACGUUGGAAGACAUCGAUAUCGUAAGACAUCGAGAAAUCACGAGCAAGGCUGUCAGCGCCAUCAUCCUCCUCAUCAUGAGGUGGUUCAAGACGAGCCAUGCGAUGAAGUUUCACUACUUUAGUCAGCUGCUCGUCGAUUCCAACUCUUUGCUGCUCAUUUUGAAAAUGUUUGGACUGCAAGAAACCGCGAAUACAGUUCGAGCCAUCAAUGAGGCGCCCAACUUUAACUUUUUCAAGUACUGCGAGCUGUACUGCGGCAAGGAGGAGCGCCUUCAUCAACCUGAGGAUACGUACCCCGACCCGCUGUACGGCGUCGGCGCUGCCGGGCGCACCACCAACACUCCACCACCGCCGGGCGGUAUUGCUGCGCUCCCGCUGCGAGGCGAUGAGGUGGAGCUGAUGCGCGAAUACUCGUUCCGCAACUUUUCGUGCGCUGUGAACUUUUUGCGAGUGCUUCAAAAACUCACAAAGCGCAAGACGCACAGAGUGCUGAUGAUGGUGCAGUACAAAUCAUCCAAUCAGCUCAAAAGGGUGCUCAAGAUUCCUCAUCCUGGCGUGCAAAAGUAUGUGCUCAAGAUGCUCAAGAGUCAGGUACCCUUUUGCGGUCGCAAGUGGAGACAGGCCAACAUGAAGGUCAUCACUGCCAUUUACCUGCACUUGAGACCCGAUCUGAGAGAAGAGUGGCUCAGCGGAGCAGAUAUAGAUCAGGACGUCGAAGAGAGCUUGCCGCAAGAACAAGCUUGCAGAAACUUGGUCAAAUUUUACAACCUCACCAGAUUCGGUAAUGGAGGCCCCCUUGCUGCGGGCGCGCAUGGACACGGACACGCGCACAGACGAUCCCUUUCCACUGGAGUCCCCGAAGGCGGGCUUGCUGGACCUCAUGGGCCUCCACUGCCCGGCGCGUCUGCGGCUCCACAUCAUCCAAACGCUGGCCAGCAAGGACCAGCACAAGCGACGCCUGGUCUGUCAUCUCCCUCGCGCAGCUUGGCCGGCUUCUUUGAGACCGAUCUGCACCUUCCGCCACUCAGACGUCGGACGGAGAGCACGGCAGGCACGCUGCGGUACAUUCCAGACGACUUGUUGGAUGGUUAUCUGGACGAGUACGAAGAUGUGCUCGGCGAACUGUUUGGUUUCCCGGAUGCUGCAGCGAUCGGAGCGGCUGGCAUGGAGCAGGAGAGUGGCGCGUCGAUGGAGAGCGGCGCAGAGAGCGAAGCGAGCGCAUGGAGGGACGAUCGAUGGGCGCUGAAUCAGAGCGGCGCUGAGAAUGCGUGGGCUAGGCUGGGAGAGAUUUUGGGAGAUACCGAGUCGAUUUCUGAUUCCGAGUCCAUCAAUCUUGGAGAUUUGGGAUCAGAGAGCUCUGCGAGCACCACGGAUCCUGCGAAGGAAGCGAUCGAAGGAGAAGGCGAGAUGCACAUGCCUCCUCCUCCAGAAGGCGCUCAAUCUUGGGAACACCUCUCGCCCAGAGAGAUGCGCGUCUUGACGUCUCCACGUCCAAUCACGCCCGGCUCGCCAGGUGCUAGGCGCAGAAGACACAGCAGGAGCAGCAGCACAGAAUCGUCUGGUUCGCCUGCUCGACCCACGGGUCAAAUCAGGCGCUCCUCUUCUUCCGGACUAGCACACGCAUCGUCGGAAGAUGGAGCUGCUGCUGCUGCUGCUGCUGCGGCCUUGCUCAGACCUCAUGCUCAGCGCGCUGUGAGGAGCAAUUCGGACUCGAGCCAGCUCAGACCUGUGCUCAGCUUUGGACCGGAGCUUUUGGAGGAUGAUCAGGAUGAGGAGGAGGAGGAGGUCGGGGAAGAGGAGGAGUACGUGGAUGAGAUUCCGAGACCGAAUCCUCAGCCUGGAGGUAUCGACGAGGUGGAGCAUUUGUGGUCGGAGUAAGAGCCAAGUGACGCGUGCGAUGCUAUCGGCAAAGCACGCGACCGCACCGUCACCCGCAUCGAAGCGCCUCCCAAAAGGAACGUCGAGAUUUGCUCGAAUCGUCACGAGUCGCGCUAUUCCCACGACUCGGAGCGUCAGUCACGAUUCGAAUUACAUGCUUUGCACUGGCGGCCAAGUUGAUCAGGCCCCGCUAUCUUUGUGACACCUCGCCUAGCUGCAACUUUCACGUAUCACGCACGUCUCGUCGCCCGCGCUUCUCUCGUUUCGCGCGCCACGCGUCC